CAUGACAGCUAGCUCAAUGGGAAAAACAAAACGCAAUUUAUCCUAUUUCGCAUGAGGAUUUGAGAAUAUUGUUUUUAAAUAAUUCGAACAAUGGCUGCAGUAAAAAGUGUAGAUGAAAUUAAUGCAGACGAGGUGGUAGAAAAUGGUGAAGAAGAGGAGUUAUAUGCUGUAGACGAAGGCGAAACAAAAGAUCCCGCCAAGAAGAAGAAAAAGAAAAAAAAGAAGAAGAAGACAGCUGAUAAUGAAACAGGAGGCAAUGAAAGUCCUGAAGUAACUAACGUGUCUGAAAAAGUCAGCGCUGCAACAAUUGAAGAUGCUGCAGAAGGAGAUGCUGCAAAGAAGAAAAAGAAAAAAAAUAAGAAUAAAAGCAAGGGUGCAGGCAAGGAACAAACUAAUCCACCUACAAUUCCCAUUGCUGAAUUGUAUCCUGACAACAACUUUCCUGAGGGUCAGAUUAUGGAGCAUGGUCCAGCUGAAGGCAUUGAUGAGAAAACUGCCAAAGACCGCUUCUCCAGUGAGGAGAAGAGGGCUUUAGAUAGGAUGCAACAAGACAUCUAUCAGGAAAUCAGGCAUGCUGCCGAAGCUCAUAGGCAGACACGCAAGUACAUGCGAGAUUGGAUAAAACCAGGCAUGACUAUGAUACAAAUAUGCGAAGAGCUCGAGUCCACUGCAAGGCGUUUGAUUGGAGAGGAUGGGCUCAAAGCUGGCCUUGCCUUUCCUACUGGCUGCAGUCGUAACCACUGUGCUGCGCAUUAUACACCAAAUACAGGUGACACUACCGUCCUGGAAUAUGACGACGUGGUAAAGAUCGAUUUCGGUACACACAUCAACGGCCGCAUUAUUGAUUGUGCAUUCACCUUGCACUUUAAUCCUCGCUACGAUCCACUUGUAAAGGGCGUGCAAGAGGCGACUGAGGCUGGCAUCAAGGCCUCUGGAGUUGACGUCAGACUUUGCGACGUUGGUGCUGCUGUGCAAGAGGUAAUGGAGUCUCAUGAAGUUGAGUUGGAUGGGCAGGUGUAUCAAGUAAAACCCAUCCGAAAUCUAAAUGGUCACUCUAUCGGACCGUACCGGAUCCACGCCGGCAAAACCGUGCCAAUCGUAAAGGGCGGUGAAACCACGCGCAUGGAAGAGAAUGAAUUCUACGCUAUCGAGACAUUCGGUUCCACGGGCCGUGGGCAGGUCCACGACGAUAUGGACUGUUCGCACUACAUGAAGAACUUCGACCAGCAGUUUGUGCCAUUAAGACUGCAAUCGUCAAAGCAGCUGUUGAAUCUGAUCAACAAGAACUUCGGUACGCUCGCAUUCUGUAAACGGUGGUUGGAACGUGCGGGCGCUUCCCGCUACGCAAUGGCAUUGAAGGACCUCUGCGACAAAGGGGUCGUUGACUCCUACCCGCCAUUGUGCGACAUUAAGGGAUGUUACACUGCUCAGUUCGAGCACACCCUUCUUCUGCGACCCACGUGCAAGGAGGUCAUCUCCCGCGGCGACGAUUACUAGCACCAAAUAAAAAGCAAUGAAAAAUAUAUACAUAGUUAUAUUUUUUAUUAUUAUUACAAAGAUGUGGGAACACGCCGCGUUUCUUGUCGGACACAGCUAAUCAACUUCAUCAUGCCCGCUUUAAGCAGAUAAAAAACGACAGACAACCCUAGACAAGUCAUUUCAGACAUUGGCUACAGAAGGAGCCAUCACAGAAGAAAUCUUGAAUCAACUCACAACGAUGAAUUCCAUACGAAUGCUUCCACUGAAAAAGAUUAAACUGAGCGAAGUUUUCAUCGUAAAAGGCAAACUAUAUUUCACUACGUUUGACCAAACUAUUUGCGCUCAUUCCUUAGUCUGUGUAGAAAGCGGGUAUAAGGAAGCGUUGGGACUAGAACACCAAGGGUUACAUACCAUGAAAUUUCAAACUUGUUCAUCGUCGUUAUUGAGGAAAAUGAAAUGCGCAAACUCUCCUGAAAAGUUUCAAGAUUCUUAAACUUUUGACUUGCAAAUUAAAAGAGAAAACAACGGAACACUUCCAGUUUGAUGAGCGAACUAAAUUAAAAUGUGAUAUGAACAUUUUAAAGCUAUUUGCUUGCAUGGUAACAACUGACGCGCAGCCUGUCUACGUGUUAAACAUAGGAUUUUAUAAAAUAACCCUUAGCAUAAUAAGAAAUGUCGCAAUAUUUUUAUGUAUUUUUUUCUAUGGUGGCCUAUUUGAAUUCUCAAAAUGAAAGAGGAGAGUCAAACCGAUCAGGAUUAUCAAAUGUAAAAGUUCGCAAACAGAUAUCGACGCGAGUGGCAUAUCUACUUCCUUCCUUUGGCGAAUAUUAUGAUUGUUCAGCC